GCUCACAGCUGUUGGUUGGAUCUCCCCUCUGGGAAUUUUACUUAUUUUGAUAUUAUUUUGUUAACAAUUUUGCACAAACAAUGUCGCACAUCAAGAACUUGAUACCGGAGACUGUAAAUCCAGAUCUGCAGAAGGAGCGCACUGGCGCCGAGUUCCAGGUGGAGGAGUUUGCAGCCUGGUGGCAGGGGGGUCAGGACAAGUUAAACACCAAGAGGGAGAUUGAAAAGGCCAUCUUCAGCGAUCUGGAGGAUGGCUAUGGCAUCAACCACGAGUACAUGUCCCACGAGGAAGUCUACAACUCUAGUGUCAAGAAGGUGGCCGAGGCUGCCGUCAAGCUAAAGGCUCUGCAGAACAAACUCAAUCCCGGUGGCACUGACAUCUGGCCUGGAUUCUUGUUCAAUGUGCAGAGCCAUGGGCUUUUUCCUUCUAACCAUCCGGUGGCCACCCACAUCACCAUGUUUGUGGAUGUGAUCAAGGGACAGGGCACUGCUGAGCAAGUGGAAAAGUGGGGCAAGGCGGCGGAGAACUGCAAUAUUAUUGGAACCUAUGCCCAGACUGAGAUGGCACAUGGAACUAAUGUCCGUGGCAUUGCCACCCGUGCUGACUUUGAUCCCCAAACGGAUGAGUUUGUGUUGCAUACACCCAAUUUAGAGGCCUACAAGUGGUGGCCUGGCGGCUUGGGUCACACUGCCAAUCAUGCCAUGGUUGUUGCCCAGCUGUACAUAGCCGAUGUCCAUCACGGUGUGCAAAUGUUCAUUGUCCCGGUGAGGGAUUCGGAGACCCAUAUGCCACUGCCUGGUAUUGAUAUUGGCGAGAUUGGCAAGAAGCUGGGCAUGGUGGCUGUGAACCAGGGCUUUCUGGGACUCAACAAAGUUCGCAUUCCACGCACCAACAUGCUGAUGAAGUUCGCCAAGGUUGAGCGCGAUGGCACCUUCAAGGCCAGUCCAGCCUCAAGGGUUAACUACCUGACCAUGGUUUACACUCGCUGCUUGAUUGUGAAUCUGAACUCUACGCUGCUGCUGGAGGCGGCCACCAUAGCCACCCGAUACUCGGCUGUCAGGAGACAGAGUCCCAUUGAGGCCAACCAACCCGAGCCCCAGAUCAUUGAUCAUGUUACUCAGCGCCUGAAGCUCUUCCCCGAGAUUGCCACUGGAAUGGCUUAUCAUCUGGCUGCGGAGUACAUGUGGGAGAUGUAUGCCCAGACGGUCAAGGAGGCCAACAGCGGCAAAUUUGAUCGCCUGCCCGAUAUGCACAUCCUGUCCUGCGCCUUGAAGGUUCUCUGUACCACGGACGGUUGUGCCGGCAUUGAGCGUCUGCGUCUUUCCACUGGAGGUCAUGGUUAUCUCACAGCUGCCAACAUGAGCAAUAUCUAUGGCAAUGCUGUGGCUGCCUACACCUACGAGGGUGAGAACACAGUGCUGCUUCUGCAAAUUGGUCGAGCUCUGGUCAAGGCCUGGGCUGCAUUUGUGGAGAAGAAACCCGUGUCGGCUUCUUAUAGUUACUUUGCCAGCUCCAUGCAGCUGAAGGAGUUCCCCAAGUGGGACAACUCCUGGCAGUGCAUCAUCAAGGCUCUGCAAUAUACGGCAGCACAAAAAACCCGCAUUGCUUUUGAGAAUCUAGCGGAACGCAUGGCCAGCGGUCAGUCUCAGGGUGUGGCGGCCAACAAUACGGGCAUAGAGCUUACUCGUGCCGCUGAGCUCCAUGGCCGCCAGUUUGUGUGCCAGACAUUCCUAGAGCAAAUCACAGGUCCCAAGGCCCAGAAACGUUCGGCGGCUCUCAACAAGGUUUUGGAGAAUGUGCUAGAACUCUUCCUGGUCCAGACUGUGCUCAACAAUCUUAAUGAUAUUCUGAGAUUCAUCAACCUCAGUGAUGCUGAUUUGAGGUCGCUGCAAAAGCGCUUGGAGAUUUCGCUGGAGAAAUUCCGACCCAAUGCGGUGGCCAUUUGCGAUGGCUUCGAGUUCCACGACCGCGUUUUAAACUCCGUGCUGGGCAGCUACGAUGGCAAUGUGUAUCCCCGACUCUUUGAUUCGGCCAAGCGCAGCACCAUGAACCAAAAGCCCGUCCAAAAGUCCUUUGAAACCUACCUCAAGCCCCUGAUGAAGGCUAAUCUGUAAGGCAAAUCCAGCCAGGAAAUAAAGAGUAUAUUGUUUUGUUUAAAUUA